ACUCCAGCCUGGGUAACAAGAGCGAAACUCUGUCUCAAAAAAAAAAAAAGAUAUAUCUUUAUAUGUGUCUUAUGAGGAAUAUACAGUCAUGCAUUCCUUAAUGAUGGGGAUAUGUUCUGAGAGAUGUGUCAUUCGGUGAAUUCCUCGGUGUGCAAUAGGCUGUGCCAUCCAGAUUUGUGUAAAUUCACUCUGAUAUUCCUACUGGUAUAACCUAUUGCUCCUGGGCUACACGCCUGCACAGCAUGUUGCUGUACUGAAUACUGUAGGUAAUUAUUGUAAUACAGUGGUAAGCUCUCGUGUCUCUAAACAGACUGAAACAUAGAAAAGAUACGGUAAAAAUAUGACAUUAUAUACUCUUAUGGGACCACUGUAUAUGUGGCCCGUUGUUGACCAAAGUGUCGUUUAUGUGACUAUGUAUAUGCAUGUGUGUAUAUAUAUAUUUAUAUUUCUGUAGCGUUUGAAAAUAAGUUGUAAACAUCACGACACUUCCCUUUUAAAUAUGUAUCAUUUUUUCACAUCUUGAUUGUGCCACCUUGAGCUGUUCGCUUACCUUCUCAGAGCCUCAUCAUACGUAAAUAUGUGUGUAUGUUUUUGCAGUACUAUUUGGUGAGUCACAGACAGCAUGACACCUCUAAAGACUUCAGCAUGCAUCUCGUCUCCUAAAAUUAGAGGCAUUCUCUGACCUAAUGAUAAUACCAGUAUCACACUUAGAAAACUCACAGUAAUUCCAUACUCGUAUCUAAUGCCUAGUUCUCAUUCAAAACUCACCUGUCAUGUCCCUGCCCUCAAAAGCUUAUAACUGCAUUUUUCAAACUAGAUCCUGUUAUGGUUCAUGUAUUGCAUUUGGUUGUUACAUCACUUCAGUCGUUUUUAACCUAGAACAGUGCCCCACCCAGUGUGUGUGUGAAUAUAUGUAUACAUGCAUAUUUCCAUGUACAUAUCUAUACAUAUUUUUACAUAUAAAUAUAGAAAACAUUGCCAUUUAAGAUGCUUUAUGUUCUGGUCUGUCUGAUCACUUCCUUGUGGUGUCCUACAUUGUUUUUGCUAUUCCUUGUUUUCCCCCAUUCUGGAAGUUCGAGCUUAAGUAUCAUUUGAUUCAGACUCAACAUUUUGGCAAGAAUGUGUCCCAGGUGAUUCUGAGUGCUUUAAGCAUCUCGUCCAGGGGUUACAAGAUGUCAGGGUGUCCUAUUAUUAGAUAUGGAUCACUUGGUAAGGUGGUGACUGCUUCUGUUCAUUGCAAAAGUUGUAUUUUUCUUCUGCAAUUAGCAUGUCAUUCUGUGAGUAAUGCUUUGGCACCAAGUGAAUAUCCUGUUCCCCAACAGGAAAUUUUGUGGACUCCUCUAGGCAUCCAUUGAUCACCCUUGCCUGGAUCAGUUAUUUCUUUGGGCUUUGUAGGAUGGUCAUUUUCAGUUGGUGUCAUUCUGACCUGCUUUUAUUGGGUGACAUUCGUCAAUAUCGAAGACAUCUUCCUCAUCAACGGGGGAUGAACUAUUAAAUUCCUCCAAAAGGGUAGAGUUAAGUUUUUCUCUUUAAUUAUCAGUGCCCAAAGUAAGGAAUUGAACAUUCAUGAUUCUUUUCUUUUUCUUUUUAUUUUUUUAGACACAGGGUUUCAUUCUGUUGCAUAGGCUGAAGUGCAGUAGCAUGAUUAUAACUCACUACAGCCUCAACCUCCUGGAUUCAAGUGAUGCUCCCACCUCAGCCUCCCGAGUAACUGGGACUACAGGCACACACCACCACAUCACCCUAAUUUUUUAUUUUUCAUAGAGACAGAGUCCUGCUAUGUUGCCCAGGCUGGUCUCCAACUAAGCAAUCCUCCUGCCUCAGUCUCCCAAAGUGCUGGGAUUACAGGUAUGAACACCGUACCAGCCUGUGAUUCUUUUUUUUUUUUUCACUGAACCCUAAUCACGGAGGUGAAGAUGAUGGCCUAUGAUUCUUUAACUUAGGAGGGACAAGGUUGAGGACAGGGUACACUACAAUUUCAGGAAGAUGUAUGUAUAGUGCGAAAACCACACUCAAUGGGAAAUCUUAGAAAGAGAGAGUUAGCUUUGUAGUGCAAACCUCAGGAAGUAAAAGUGUGAUCCAAUCUUGGCUGGUAGAGCAUGAGAAAUAUUGAGAAAUAUUGUCCCACACAGUCAAGUGACCCUCUGCUUUAACCUGGGGAAGGAAGAAGAUAAUUAUACUUAAAAUAAUCCUUCUCCCGCCUUUUGGAGGGAGCACAGGAUUUUGCCUGGAUCUGGUGAACUGCUGAAGUUAAAUUGCAAAUCAUGAUGCAUGACGCUCUGCAAGUCAGAAGCUAGGGCUGUGCUUCCUGCCCGUUGCCGACUGAGCAGAAAGUGACCAGUUGUCCAGGAGGUGGAAGGGCCUGGGCUGAGCUCUGUGUGGAAUGUAAAGGCGGGACAGUGGCCCAUUGCCGACUGAGUAGAAAGUGACCAGUUGUCCAGGAGGUGGAUGGCCCUGGGCUGAGCUCUGUGUGGAAUGUAAAGGCGGGACAGUGGCCCUGCCCUCUAGGAACUCACUUCGCAGCACCUGGGAACUCGGAUGCUGCCUAGAAAAGGAAAUGUGAGUCGAAUGCCUUGGAGCCCAGGGAAGGAAGAUAUUUCAGUCUAUGGUCAGCAAGACCUUUAACCUGGGUCUGAGACCUUUGACUUAAAGGUAGAGGCUGUUUGGUUUGUGGUUUGAUGUGGAGUACAGUAACGGGUAUUUAAGUUGGAGUCAAGUUAAUGUUUGAAAAAUAAAGGAAAGAAUGAAUGGAUGGAUGCCUUGUGCAGAGGCAGCACAGCGGCUUGGAUUUGGAUAUUCAGGGCAUUGUACAGGGAAGGAAGCGCUUAAGCAAAGGCUUUGAGGGCUCUGAGUUCCUUGAGAAGUUGCUUUUGGAAAAAGAAGUUAUGGUGAAACUCCAUUAAUACCAAAGAGAAACAGUUCAUAAUUUAUUCCAGUUGCAGACACACUCAGUGCCCAACUCCAUGCUGUCUUUUUUGGAGUAGAGUUUUCAGAAAACAGCCUUCUUUUUUUCUUUGGUAAUGUUAGUGUUUAUUUUGCUUUCUCCAUUCAGGGUGCUGGAGGGAAUUUCUCUUCCUCUCCCUCUCUCCCUCUCUCUCUCUCUCAUACACAAACACACAGACAUACUUUUUGGGUCUUGCUGACCCAUUAAUUUGUAAAUUCUUUUCUAUUAGAAUCAGUGUUGUGCUAGUAAAUGUUUAACAAUCUGCUGUCUAAAAAAGUUAAUGCAUAUGCAUAUAUAUGUUUAUUAUACAUUUUACUGAUAGAAAAAGCUGUUUGACAUACAAUUUAUAAAGAAUAAAAUAUUUAAAUUCUUUUUUUUUUUUUUGAGACUGUCUCUUGCUCUUGUUGCCCAGGCUGGAAUGCAAUGGCAUGAUCUGUCACUACAGCCUCUGCCUCCCGAGUUCCAGCGAUUCUCCUGCUCAGCCUCCUGAGUAGCUGGGAUUAUAGGCCUGCGCCACCACAUCUGGUUAAUUUUUGUGUUUUUAGUAGAAAUGGGGUUUCACCAUGUUUGCCAGGCUUGUCUUGAACUCCUGACCUCAAGUGAUCUACCCACCUCAGCCUCCCAAAGUGAUGAGAUUACAGACACCAGCCACUACACCCAGCCUAAAUUCUUUACUGUAAAUUUCAUAUAGUCAAUAGAUCCUCAACAGAUGCUUUGGUUGACUUUUGCCAGAUUCUUACAUCCCCUGACCUUCCUAAGAUUUUCAUUGGCAAACAAAUGUAAACCCCAUAUAAGUGUUAGCUGAUACUUUCAUUUAAGUCAGUGAUAAGUUGAAAGUGAAAGAACAAAGCUGUACGUUAGAACUUCACGAUUGUUAGUGACGUGACUUCCUUGCUGAACUGAAUAAUGGUUUUCAGGUACUAAAAGAAUAUGUCCUCAAUGUUUUGUGCUAGUCACCCAAAGCUAUAGACAUGAUAUACAGCUGUCCCUUGAAAUCCAAGGGAGAUUGGUUCCCAGACCCCAAAUCCCUGGAUUCUUAUCCCUUAUAUGAAAUGGUGUAGUGUUUACAUAUACCUAUACAGUCCUCUCAAUAAUCUCUAGUUUACUUAUAAUACCAAAUACAAUGUAAGUCCUGUGUAAAUAGCUGUCAUUCUGCAUUGUUUAGGCGAUAAUGAUAUGGGGGAAAAGCCUGUACACGUUCAGUACACACUCAGGCAUCUUUUUGUUGUUGUUCCAUGUAUUUUUGAUCUGUAGUUAAGUUGAACUGCAGAUGUGGAACUCACAGAUUUAGAGGGUCGACUGUUCUUUUAAUUUGACUUACAUCAUUAAAAUUUUCUUCAUCACUUUGUUAAAUCUUGAUAAUCAAAAAAAUAAUAAAUCACACCCUGAUUUUGUAGUAUGUGAUGAUUUCCAUGGUGUAAACUCUUCUACCACUGCAUUUCAAGCUGUCAAUGUGAUAUCACUGAACUGAGAGUUGGGAAGAGAUAUGCGUCAGCACACUGUUUUGUAAGAUAUCCACCUUACAGAUAUAUUAGAUAUAAAUGACUUUGAGAACAGAAUUAAGCAACCUGUGGCUCAUGGGCAAAAUAUAGCCAGCUGCCUGUUUUUAUAAAUAAAGUUUUAUUGGAACCCAGCCACACUCGUUCUUUUAUGUAUUGUCUUUGCUAGCUUUUGCACUACAAUGGCUCCAUGGAGUAGUUGAGACAAAUCCUACAAUUUUUACUAUCUGGUUUUUCAUAGAAAAAAUUGUCAACUCAGGCCAGGUGCGGUGGCUCAUGCCUGUAAUCUCAGCACUUUGGGAGGCUGAGGCGGGUGGAUCACGAGGUCAGGAGUUUGUGACCAGCAUGGCCCAUGCUGAAACCCCAUCUCUACUAAAAAUACAAAAAUUAGCUGUGCAUGGUGGUGGGCGCCUGUAAUCCCAGCUACUCAGGAGGCUGAGGCAGUAGAAUCGUUUGAACCUGAGAGGCAGAGGUUGCAGUGAGCCGAGAUUGUGCCAUUGCUCUCCAGCCUGGCAACAGGGCAAGACUCUUUGGAAAAAAAAAAGAAAAAGUUGCCAACCUAUACUCAAAGCAUAGGUAAUAAGUGAAAUGUAGCAAGAUAAAUUGGAAGUGAUGAGUUUUAUAUUCAGUUGUAAACUUAUGUCAUAUAACUUUUAAUAAUUUCAUAAUUGACUCAUCACAUUCCUGAAAAUUUAACAAUCGGCUCUUGUGAGCUUUUACAAGCCAGCCCCAGCUUACCACUGCAAAGCAUUGAGGACUUCAGCUUUUAGUGCCAAAAAUGAAGCUGUCACUAUUCAGCAGCAGCAGCUGACAAUACUGGAUUGGAGGGAGAGCCUCACUAAGAAGGAUUUGAACUACUUGAAAUUGUGGUCUAAUUGUCCAUAGAAAUCAGAAGAAAGCAAUUUUGAGGUUAGUUUUCAUAUGAUGGGGUUUUUGUGUUUUGGGGUUGUUUUUUUUUUCUCUCUCUUAAGAGUCUGGGGUUUGUUUUGGUUUUUCAAAUGCUUUUUUUUUUUCAGAGCUAAUUUUAAAACCCAAUACAGCAUGCUUUUCUUACCAAAUUUUGUGAGCAUCUGUCUUGAGCCCAUUCAGCCCCUGACAGACGCCCAGCAGCUUCCAGAACUCCCACAGAUGUUCUGUGUCCCAAGAAAGGCCGACUUCCUGUUGCUGGCCACUAGCAGGAGGAGAGGUGGUCCCACCAGUUGCAUUUUGCAGGGGUUUUCCUUGCCGCCAUUUCCUGCCGGUUGCCUUUGAAUGGAUUACAGAUGGUCAGAGAAAGACUUCUUGGCACAGUAAGAGGACCAGUCUCCAGUGCUUUGUGGGAAAGGAUUUAUCGCAGGAUGGCAGUUUACGCCUACCAAGAAUGGGCCUGGCUGCCGUGGCCUUGCAGAGAAAACUGCCUGCCUGCCGAGAUGGGCUUUGUGGGUGGAGGGAACAGCCAGGAUGAAGGGGAUGUUUAAAUUUAUGUGGCACCUUUCAGUGGUUGCUCGGAUCACUGUGUGUCCAGAGAUUUUAGACCUCUGUGGAGGUGUCAGCCACCAAGGAAUGAGGUGCUGCUGUUGGUACAUCAAGCACUUGUGUGAAGUAUUGUGAAUCCUCAACUUUUCAGAGAAAGGUACAGCCAGGCGCUGUUAUUCCCCACUGCUCACCCGUUUUGUUAAGCCACACUAUAGAGCACAUUUAAUUUUUUUUUUUUUUGAGACAGAGUCUCGCUCUGUUGUCUAGGCUGGAGUGCAGUGGUGCAAUCUCGGCUCACUGCAACCUCCAUCUCCCAGGUUCAAGUGAUUCUUCUGCCUCUUCCUCCUCCCAAAUAACUGGGAUUAUAGGCACCCAUCACCACACCUAGCUAUUUUUUGUAUUUUUCAUAGAGACAGAGUUUCAGCAUGUUGGCCAGGCAGGUCUCGAACUCCUGACCUCAGGUGAUCUACCCACCUUGGCCUCCCAAAGUGCUGGGGUUACAGGCAUGAGCCACUGCAUGUAGGCUGCAUUUACUUUUUAAACUUUUAAAAAUAUAGGUAACUUAAAAUUUUACUAUUUUAACCAUUUUAGAGUGUAUAAUUCAGCGUUACUAAGGACAGAGUGUUGAGCCGCUGUCGCCACUAUGCAUUUCCAGAAUUUUUCUCUCAUCCCAAACUGAAACUCUAAACCUAUUAAGCCAUAAUUCCCCAUUCCUGCCUCCCCUCAGCCUUGGUACCUGUUCUACUUUCUCUAUUCUGCUUUCUGUCUCUAUGAAGUCACCUAUCCUAGUCACCUGUUCCCCUCACAUAAGGGGACUCAUGCAGUGUGUGUCCUUUGGUGACUGAUUUAUUUUACUGAGCAUAAUGUUUCCAAGGUUAAUCCAUGUUGUAGCAUGUACCAGAAUUUCCUUCCUCUUAAAGGUUGAAUCGUAUCUCAUUAUCAACCCUAUACUACUGGCAGGGACCUGACAGUCCUCCCCUCAUCUCACAGAUGCAGAUCACCAGGUCUCAUUAUAUGUCUAUUUGACAUUUUGUUUAUCCACUCAUCUAUUGGUGGGCAUUUGGGCAUUGUGAAUAAUACUGCUGUGAAUGUGAGUAUACCUGUUUCCAUCUGUGAGCGGGUCAAACAGAGACCUGGAGAGUGCUGAUUUGACUGGGAUGCUUCCUGAGUCCUUUUGAGAUAACCCAGCCAAGAUGCACCUUUCCAUCAGAGCUGCCAGGAAUGUAUGUACGGAAGAGGAUUAUGAAUCUUCAUCUUUCAGGGAGAGGUAUGGCCAGGCGCUGUUGUUCCCCACUGCCCACCCUUUUUGUUAAAGCCACAAUAUAGAGCACAUUUAAUUUUUUUUUUUUUAGACAGAGUUUCACUCUGUUGCCCAGGCUGAAGUGCAAUCUCAGCUCACUGCAUCCCCCGCCUCCCAGGUUCAAGCAAUUUUCCUGCCUCAGCCUACCAAGUAAUUGGGAUUACAGGUGCCCACCACCACCCCAAGCUAAUUUUUUUAUUUUUACAAAAUGCAGGAUUUUUUGUAAAAAAAAAAAAAAAAAAAAAUUCCAUGCAGGAUUGCGGGGCGAGGGAUCAGAUCUAGCUGGCACUCUGCUUGCCAAGCUGUGUGCCCCCUGAGCUGCAUCUGACUAGAGGUGAUCUGCCUCUAGCUUGCACAAAGAUGCUUGCUUCAUGGUUUGGAGGAGUCCUGCCAGGGCUGAAAAUCUGAGAGGCCAGGAUUGCACAAGGCCACUGGUGCUCUUGCUUUCUAGGGAAGAGGCAGCAGAUCGUUGGGCAGAGGCCAUGUAGGGACAGUUAGGAAGGCUGAACUAACUGGGUCAAGAUUCCUGGGAUCGGGUCUCGUCUGUCGGAAAACAGGACAACCUUGUGCAAUGACGGAGCAAGACCUGGUGAUCUGUAUCUGUGAGAUGAGGGGAGGACUGUCAGGUCCCUGCCAGUAGUAUAGGGUUGAUAAAGAGCCAGCAAAUUAUGUGGGGGACUGGAGAGAGGCAGGAGCAGGCCUCUGAGAACAGGGUAUGGAUGGCAUAGAACAGGAAGGUGGCAGAACUUCCCAGAGGGAGGGUGGCACAGAGAACUGAGAAGGGAGAGCUGAGGAAGCAUCUCACAGAAAGUGUGAUGAAGUCAACAGCUACAUUCUUUCUGACCAAAGAUGGUGGUAGCAGCAGGAGGAGAGAGAAGUGGCGUUGGUCCUUCAUAAAAUUAUUCAGCGCUUACUGUGUAUAGACACAGAAUAGAAGGUGCAAGAGGGAAACAGAAUCGUGAUUCCUGACUUAUGUCCUGUGAAGCGCUCCGAUUGCAUGAAGAAUUGCAGAGGCGUGAGGGCGUAUUUUGUGUGUGUACACUUCUCUUGGGGACAGUGCUGUGGUUUUUUUUCCUUUUCCUUUCCUGUGGACUUCCUCGCCCUUUCAACAACAACAGAAUGUUUAAAGAAAUUUACAGCGUGGGAGGGAGACAUACCUGUGCCCAGAUAUAACAAGGAAGCGAGCCACAUGGGAAGGGGAUGGAAACAAGCAAGGAAUUAACUUGCUGCUUUAAAAGUUGCGUUUUGGUGUUAGGGUUUGCGGUACAUGUAAAUUCCUUGGAGAAAGAGUCCUCCCUGUUUGGGGUGGAGGCCUGGGGAGAGCCACUUGAAAAUCUAGCCCUAUUGACAUGAUUGGUGUUUAGGUUUUUACUGGGAGACAGACAGACUGACAAAGAUACAGGGAAAGACUGGUAAUAUGUAUGCUAGCUGGAGAAGCCACCUUUCAACCCCACCCCCCACCGCCCACUGUAUAGUUGUCAAGGAACUCGGUGGUGCAGAGGGAAAAGCACAGCUUUGCAGUCAGACCUUAGCUAAUUUCUUGGCCGUGCUGCCUGCUUGCUGUGUGACAUUAGGCUAGCUAGCUUGCCUCUCUGUUCCUCUGCUUGCUCAUUUGGACAAGAGGACCACACCUAAGAUUAGGGAUAAGUCACCAGCUUCCAUACUGUAGAUGGUCAGAAAAUGGUAGCUGGAAUGAUUGCCUGGAGGAGAGGGCAGGUCUGAGAAAUCCAGUGGUUUCCCUGGAUUAAUUUCAGGGUUGUAAAUCACUGUGGGAUGCACAAAAAAUGGGCCAGAAUUUGAGAGCAAGGAGAAGGAGGUGUUGUGGGAGGUUGAGUUUGGAAGUGUCUAGGUGAAGAGGUAGGUUAUAAGGAAGGGGGGUAGCAGGAAGGAAUAAGAACUGAAUGAUGUAUCCUGGGGGCAGAGAUGGCUUUCUGCCCCUUUUGAUAUUGACUUUUUUUUUUUUUUUGAGACGGAGUUUCGCUGUUAUUACCCAGGCUGGAGUGCAAUGGCACGAUCUCAACUCACCACAACCUCUGCCUUCUGGGUUCAAGCAAUUCUCCCGCCUCAGCCUCCCGAGUAGCUGGGACUACAGGCACGUACCACCAUGCCCAGCUAAUUUUUGUAUUUUUAGUAGAGACAGGGUUUCACCUUGUUGACCAAGAUGGUCUCGAUCUUGUUAGCAAAGUUGAAGGAAAUGAACACACAGCAUCUAGCUCAAUGCAUGGUCCAUGGGGAAUGCUCAGUGAACAUUUCCUUUGGAUGCUAUUGAGUAGCCUCCAGAACAGAGGACUGGGGGGUGUCCUUUGGGAUGAGCUUCCUCAUGGUCCUGUCCUGUGGGAACAGUGUGUUGGUGAAGGCUGUAUUCCCGAUACCAUGGGGCAUGACAGGCAUGAGGAAAUGCCAUCUAGAAAUGGGCCUUAAGCCCAAGCCCUAGGCAGGGAGCCAGGAGUGUGCAAACCUGGCACAUCUUUCAGAAUGUCAGUUCAACUCUGCUUCUACAGGAAAGUAGUAUUUUUUUAUCAUUAUAUUUUAUCAACUCUAAGAUGCCAUUUAUCAGAAAAUUCAUUGUUAUUUUAUGUAACACUGGAAAAAAGCACUGCCAAUUAAACUGCAACCACUGUGGAUUCUAAGAAAUCUUGAUUUUAAAGAUGUUAGUUACAAUGGAAGUGGGGUGAGUGCAGCUUAGCAUGAAUAAAAUACAGGAGGGCAAAAAUAGAGUAUCAAGCAAAAUCUGCAUUCAUUUUUAAGAUAAAGCACGAAAUUUGAAGAAACACAGAAAGCUCUUACGGUAGCCCCAGAAGGUACAGGUCUGUAUAACAUGCCAGCCCAUUAGGGCAACUCUGUUAAAGAGCUGAGAACAGCUGGGGCUUGAGCUCCCUUUAAGUUCAGAUGGGAAGCAGGAGGGAAGGAAAUGGCCCAGACUUCAGAGCAUCCAUUGUCAUCCAGGGGCCUGAACAUCCUCAGGGAGCCCCAGUGACCUCAAGGCCCCUGGUGAAUCAUUUGUGUUCACAUCACUUAGAAGGAAAAUCUACAUACAGCACUUUCUGGAGGAGAGGAGGUGUGGUGAAACCAAGUAAACAAUGGCUACACCUCCAAAACGGUGGGAAACCACAGAACCACAGAACGGCACCACCCUGUGAGAGAGGCAGCUUCCUGUGACUUGGUGUCUUUCCGUACAGCCUGCAUGACCCACGAGCAGCACAUCUCCCGGCCCUGGCGUUUUGGUGUUUGGGUGGAAAUUCAGGGAGAAGACCAGGCUUGACCCUCUUGCCCUUAAGAAUUCCUGGCACAUCUCAGGUCUGUCAGAAGGGACCUGGUCAUACUAACUUCUUGCCAGAGCCCUCCCCAUUCAUAUAUCUUUAUGUAGGGAUGGCCUCUGGGCAAUUGUGGAUUGUCAAGGAGUGUGCCCUGGUGUGGUGACCAGCCUUCUGCCACCUUGGCAGAGAAGUGAAAUCACACCUCCAAGCUCUGUUGAGAUUGUCCAUCUCCUCUCAGGUCAGUGGUGAUGGCCUGUCCCCUCUGAUGGACUAGAAGGGAAACUAAUAAUAGGGUGGUAAUAAUGGUGCCAACCAAAUUCAGUGGAACAGUUUCAUUUUUAGAGUGCCGUGUCCUGGAGAUUAGAGCGGAAGGUAAGCCUUAGGUCAUGGGACUUGCAGGUGGGGGAAUGGAGGUGAGGAGACCACGUGAUCCACUGGGGUGAUAGCUAGUGGUGGACCUGGGUCUGGAGUCAUGCAGUGCAAGGAGGGGCUCAGAGAGGAGCAGAAAGCAGUGACCCGGCCCUGAGAACAUACUCCAGGCUGGGAGGAGAGGGGACUGGAGGCUGAAAGAAUAGGCACUGGGCCAAAGAGCAGGGUGCUCUAGGCUGUGUGCACUGAGCUGCAUUCAUGGAGGGUCUGAGCCUCCAUGAGCAGAUUUAUUUAAUGAUCCUUUUUCUUCCUGAAACAGUGAUAUGUGAUCACUGUAGGAGUUGCACAUCAACAAAAGAAGAAAAAAGCUAGUCUAUACGCCUGUCACCGAGAAUUAACCAGUGCUGACCUUUUGUUUAUUUCCUGUAACUUAUAAAAAUGGGAUAAUUGUGUAUUGUGUUGAUUAUAGUGACUACCUUUCCUAGUUAUUAUGUAUUCCAUUGUAAAUAUGUUUCAUCAUUUAUUUUAUUUUAUUUAUUUUCGAGACAGAGUCUUGCACUGUUGCCUGGGCUGUAGUACAGUGGUGUGAUCUCAGCUCACUGCUCUCUCUGCCUCUUGGGUUCAAGCAAUUUUCCCACUUCAGCCUCCCUAGUAGCUGGGACUACAGGGGUGCACCACCACACCUGGCUAAUGUUUUGUAUUUUAGUAGAGACAGGGUUUCACUAUGUUGGCUGGGAUGGUCUCAUCUCCUGACCUCGUGAUCUGCCUGCCUCGGCCUCCCAAAUUGCUGGGAUUACAGGUGUGAGACACUGCACCCAGCCCAUGUUUCAUAAUUUAUUUAACCAAUUCUCUCUCAUUGGGUAUAUUGGUUAUUUUCAGGUUUUUGUUAUUAAAAAUAAUAUUGCAAUCAAAUGAAUAUCCUUAUAGCUAAAUUUUUGCACACAUUCAUGAUUAUUUCUAAAGCAUAAAUUCUUAGAAGUAGAAUGCUGAGUCUGAGAGUGCUAUUUUUGAGGCUUUUGAUACUUAUUGCUAAAUUGCCCUCUAGAAAUAUUGUUCCAAUUAAUACUCCCUCAGGAGUGUAUGAGAGUGGCUGUUUCUCAGCUCUGGCCAAUAUCUCACCAAAGAUUGUCAGCUAUUUGAUGAUUUAAUAAGUUCAAAUGUUAUCUUGUUCUAGUUUUCAUUCUUAGGAUUAUUAAUAAGUUUGAACAAUUCUCAUGUAUUUGUUAGCCUUGUGUGUGUUCUUAUAUGAGUUGCUUUUUCAUGGUUUUUGCUUAAUUUUCUGCUGGUCUAUUAAUCUGUUUCUCAUUGUUUUCUAAGCGCCCUCUAUAGAUUAAGGGUAACUUACCCUUAAUGACCAAACAUUUUCUAUCCAGUCUUGCCUAUAGGACCAAAGUAGCUAGGAAAACAGAAAUGUCCAGAUAAUUCUCAGACCACAUGGCAGGUGUUACUGAAUGCUGGCAGGGGCCGUUGGCAUUAAUAAUUAUGCUGACAAGACAGUACUAAUAAUAAAAACUACCAUUUACUGAACAACUAUUUUAUGCUGGGCACUUUGCAUAUAUUAGCCUUUCAAUCUUAUCACCCUGCAAAGAGCUGAGUAAACUGGGGCAGAGAAAAAUUAAAUAGCACUUUUAAGAUCACACAGCUAAUAAGUGGCAGAGCCAGGAUUUGAACGUGGAACUGUCCAUCUCUACCACCCAUGUGCUUUCUACUUUGCCGAGCUCUUUUUCUUGGGGUAAACAAUAAUCUUACAAGUCAGGUCUUCCUCAGCACCUUCCACCUCUGGACCUGUUGGUUGGCUCUAGAAGAGUCACCCUAUCCUGGAUUUACCAGCCCUUCUGCUGUACAUUGUUUCUCAGCUGGCCGUGUUCUCUAGUCUUCCAACUGCAUGCUUUCUCUUUGGUGCUAGAGAGCCUGUCUGAGUGUUCUGCUACUGAUAAAGGAGCCCAAAAGAUACCAGGACAUGAUUUCUGUCUCAAAUUUCAGGAUGAGAAGGUAAAACUAGAUCCAUCCAGUCCUUAAUCUAGUGGCCAACUGCCGGUGAUCUUACCUAUUAUGACAAAGGAGCGAGUUGGAGCGCACAUGGUAACUGGUCUUCAGAGGAGCCCUCGCAGGGCACGCACCUCCCAUGUAGUCUCUUCUCUGUGACAGACUUUAUGUGUGUGUUUUAAUAAUUGCUGUUGAGAUAUAAUUCAUAUGCCAUGAAAUUCACUCCUUUAAAGUUGUUGGUAUUAAUAUAUUCACAAGCUGUGCACCCAACACCACCAUCUCAUUCCAGAAUACAUUGGUUAGCCCCAAAUGAAACUUUGUACCCAUUAGCAGUUGCUUACCAUUCCCUUCUCCCCUCAGCCCUGGCAACUGUGAAUCAACUUUCUGUCUCUAUGGAUUUUCCCGUUGUGAAUAUUUCAUAUACAUAGAGUUAUAUAAUAUGUGGCCUUUUAUGUGUGGCUUCUUUCACUUAGCGUAAUGUUUUCAGGGUUCAUCCAUGUGGUAGCAGGUAUCAGUACUUCAUUCCUUUUUCGUGGCUGGACAGUAUAUACCACUGUAGAAUAUACUACAUUCUCUCUAUUCAUUCAUCAGUUGAUGGACAUUUGUGUGACUUCUACCUUCUGGCUAUUUUGAAUUGUGCUGCUGUGAGCAUGUGUAUAAGUUUCUGUGGACAUAUGUUUUCUCUUGAGUAUAUACCUAGGAGUGAAAUUGCUGAAUCAUAUGGUAACUCCAUGCUUAACUUUUUGAAGAACUGUGAAACUAUUUUCUAAAGCAGCUGUACCAUUUUAAAUUCCUACCAGCAAUGUAUGAGGGUUCUAAUUUCUCCAUAUCUUUGCCAACAUUUGCUAUUGUCAGUCUUUUUCAUCAUGGCCAUCUUUGUGGGUGGUAAGUGGUAUUUCUUUGUGGUUUUGACUUGAAUUUUCCUGAUGACUACAUGAUGUUGAGCAUCUUUUAAUGGGUUUGUUGGCACCUAUUGGCCAUUUUUAAAAAUUGUAUUUCUUUUAGAGACAGGGUCUUGCUCUGUUGCCAAGGCUGGCCUCAACCUCCUAGGCUAAAGCCAUCCUCCCACCUCAGCGUCCCUAAUAGCUAUUAAAUUAUUUCUCUUUCGGUUGAGUUUUAAGAGCUCUUUAUUUAUUCUGGAUAUAUAUAAGAAACUAUAUGUUUCUUAUCAGAUACAUAAUUUGCAAAUAUUGUUUCCCUUCUGUGGGGUGCUUUUGGUUUCUUGAUGAUGUCCUUUGAAGCACAAAAGGUUUUAGUUCUGAUGAUGUUGAAUUUAUCAAAUAUUUCUUUUGUUGCUUAUGCUUUUGUUGUCAUAUCUAAGAAAUCACUGUCUAAUUUCAGGUCACAAGAUUUGCUCCCACGUUUUCUUCUAGGAGUUGUAUAGUUUUAGCUAUUACAUUAGAUCUAUGAUCUGUUUUGAGGUAUGCUUUUGUACAUGGGUGAAGUAGGGGUCCAAAUUUAUUAUUUUUCAUGUGUCUAUUCCAUUGUCUCAGUAUCAUUUUUUGAAGGAGACUAUUCUUUCCUUCACUGAAUUGUAUUGGAACUCUUGAUGAUCAACUGACCAUAAAUAUGAGUUUAUUUCUAGACUCUCAAUUCUGUUCCAUUGAUCUAUAUAAUCUAAUGCCAGUAACACUCUAUCUUGGAUACUGUGGCUUCCUAGAAAGUGUUGAAACUGGAAAGUAUGAUUCCUCCAACUUUGUUCUUUAUCAAGAUUGUUUUGGCUUGAAACAAUAGGAAUUUCUUGAAUUUCCAUAUGGAUUUUAAGAUCACUUUGCCAAUUUCUUCUAGAAAUACAAAAAAAGACAGGGUUCUUACAAAUAUUACACUGAAUCUGUAGAUAAGUUUAAAGAAUGCAAGCCACCUUAGCAACAUUAGGUCUUCCAGUGCAUGAACAUGGGAUAGCUUUGCAUUUACUUAGACCUUAAUUUCUGUCAACUGUAUUUCUAGUUUCCGUGUAUGAGUCUUGCAUCUCUCUGGUUAAACUUAUUAAUAAGUAUUUUAUUUUUUUAUAUUAUUGUAAGUGAAAUUGUUUUCCCAAUUUUACUUGAUGAUUGCCCAUUGGUAGUAUGUAGAAAUACAACUGAUUCUUUUUUUUUGAGACAGAGUUUUGCUCUGUCUCCCAUGCUGGAGUGCAGUGGUACAAUCUUGGCUCACUGCAACCUCUGCCUCCCAGGUUCAAGGGAUUCUCCUGCCUCAGUCUCUUGAGUAGCUGGGAUUGCAUUACAGGCACCUGCCACCAUGCCUAGCUAAUUUUUGUAUUUUUAGUAGAGACAGGGUUUCACCAUGUUGGCCAGGCAGUUCUCGAACUCCUGACCUCAGGUGAUCCACCCACCUCAGCCUCCCAAAGUGCUGGGAUUACAGGCAUGAGUUACCGCACCCAGCCCACAACUGAUUCUUAUAUAUGUUCUUUUAUUCUGCAACCUUGUUAAACUUGUUUGUUAGCUCUCAUAGUUUUCUUUGUGUGUAUUUAUUCCUUAGGGCUUCCUUUUUUUUUUUUCUUUUUUUUGAGAGGGAGUUUCGCUCUUGUUACCCAGGCUGGAGUGCAAUGGCACGAUCUCAGGUCACCGCAACCUCCGCCUCCUGGGCUCAGGCAAUUCUCCUGCCUCAGCCUCCCGAGCAGCUGGGACUACAGGCAUGCACCACCAUGCCCAGCUAAUUUUUUGUAUUUUUAGUAGAGACGGGGUUUCACCAUGUUGACCAAGAUGGUCUCAAUCUCUUGACCUCAUGAUCCACCUGCCUCUGCCUCCCAAAGUGCUGGGAUUACAGGCGUGAGCCACUGUGCCCAUUCUCCUUAGGGCUUUCUAAGGUCAUGUCAUCUCAGAUAGAUCUGAAUGCAUUUUAUUUCUUUUUCUUGCCUAAUUGCUCUGGCUAGAACCUUCAAUAUAAUAUUGAGUGCUAGUGGUGAGAGUAGAUAUAUUUGUCUUAUUCCUGAUCUUGGGGAAUAGCAUUAAAUCUUUCACUAUUAAGUAUGAUAUGGGCUUUUCAUAAAUACUCUUUAUCAAGUUGAGGAAGUUUCCUUCUAUUCCUGUUGGUUGAGUGUUUUUAUUAAGAAGGGGAUUGGAUUUUGUCAAAUGCGGCAUUUUCUAUGUCCAUUGAGAUGAUAAUAUGGUUUUGCCUUUUAUUAUGUUAAUAUGAUAUAUUAUAUGAAUUGAGUUUCAUAUGUCGAACCACUCUUGUGUUGCUGGGAUAAAUUCCACCUGUUUCUGGUAUAUAAUCCCUUUUAUGUAUUGCUGAAUUUGGUUUGCUAAUAUCUUGUUGGGGAUUUUUAUGUCUUUAUUCAGAAGGGAUUUGAUCUUUAGUUUUCUUAAAAAGUCUUCAUCUGGUAAGGUAAUACUAGCUUCAUAGUGUUGGAGAGUGUUCCUUGUGACUCAGUCUUGACCAAUGGAAUAUGGCAGAAGUGACACAGGAGGCUGGGUCACAGGGCCCUUGCAACUUCUGCCUGUGUUUUCUUGAAAACUCACUGUCGGGAUGCUUAUUCUUGGAUCCAGCUACCAGGCUAUAAGAAGUGCAGGACAUUUGGGGUGGAGGCCCUCCAGUCAGCAUCCCUAGGUGACAGCAAGCAUCAGAUGCCAGCCAUGUGAAUGGGCCAUCUUAGACAUCCAGCUCAGUAGAUGUACAGACAGAUACUACUGUAGCUUCAACUGACGUCCGAUCGUAAGGGAAAACUGCACAGCUGAGUUUAGUCAAUCCAUUGAACUGUGAGAGAUAAUAACAAAUUGUGGUUUUAAAUCACAGAGUUUUGGGGUAGAUUUAUUACACAGUAAUAGAGCAGGAAUCCAUUGGCUGCAGCCAUCCCUGGCCCAUACCUUUCUACAGAAUUGUGGAAGCAUGCAAUGGUGUUUUCUUUUCUCCUGUCUCUUGAAAAGGCCCUGAAAAAUGAAAUGGCCAGAAGGCAGCAUUGAAAAGAAGAGGGAACCUGGGUCUUGGAACACCCAUGCCUAGGUAACCAGUGGCCUGUUUUCCAAAAGGUGCUUGCCUAGCUGUACUCUGCCUCUGCUCUUAGCAGAGUGAGUCAAAGGCUCACAGGGCUCACACAUCAGCCAGCCUUCAGCCGCUUUGCUGCCCCUGUACCACAGGAGGGUUUUGCUUCCUUGAGUGCCCAGACCUGCUAUUGGCUGGCAUUUGGAGCCAUCUGCUCGCUUAGCUUCCUAAAUGGAUCUGUCAUGUGGCAUUUAUCCUUAAUUCCCAGGGUUUUCUCAGGCCCGCAAUCGAUCUAUAAGCUGAGCAUCUCAGACCAUCUUGCUAAUGCCACCUUCGAGCCUGUGGACAAAGCUGGACUGCCAUUCUAAAGACAGAUAUGACCUAAUAACCAGAGAAGCAGAACCAGGGUGGGCCCCAGGUAGAUGUGGAAGCUUUUGUGAGCCAGUGCAGCCUUCCCAAAUCCCACCCUAACCUUGGGGCCACCAUUUGCUUGCUGCACAUAGGAGCUAACCAAAGGACCCUGUCUGUUGGAAAUUCAGUUUCCCUGCUGCAGUCUCUAGGUACAUCAGCUUGGUGUGUCUGCACCAAGCUUACUCCUUCAUUUUGAGAAACAAAUGCUGAAGAUUUUGUAUCUUUUAUUUCAAUUUCCAUAAUAUCAAGAACCUAAAGAUAUACUGUUCAUGAAAACAGACUCAACAUCAUCAGUCAUUAGGGAAAUGCAAAUCAAAACCCCAAGAGACACCACUUCACAUCCACUAGGAUGACUAUAAUAAUAUAUAUAUUUUUUAAUUAAAAGGAAAAUUACAAGUGUUGGCGAGGAUUGUGGAGAAACUGAAACCCUUACACAUUGGUGUUGGGAACGUAAAAUGUCACAGCCACCGUGGAAAGCAGUUCAGCAGUUCCUCAAAAGAUUAGGCCUACAGUCAUGCUAUGAUCCAGUGAUUCCACUCUUAGAUAUAUACGUAAGGUCACACAGAAACUUGUACCCCAGUGUUCAGAGCAGCAUUAUUCACAACAGCCAAAAGGUAGAGCUAACGAAAUGUGCAUCAAAUGGUAAAUGGAUAAAUAGAAUGUAGUAUAUCCUACAAUGAAAACUGUUCAGCCAGAAAAAGGCGUGAAAUAUUGAUACCUGCUAUAAUAUGGGCGAACCUUGAAAACAUUAUGUUAGGUGAAAGAAAGAAGCAAAGGACCAUAUAUUGGAUGAUUCCAUACCUAUGAAAUGUUCAGCAUAGGGUAAUCCGUAGAGAGGAAAUAGAUUGGUGGUUGCCAGAGGCUGGGCAAAAAGGGGAAUUGAGAAGUAUGGGGUUUCUCUUUGGGGUAGGAAAAAUAAUCUCAAAUUAGAUAGUGGUAGUAGCUGCACAAUAUUGUGGAUUGCAUAUUGAAGUGUACACUUUGGAAUGUUUAAAAUAAUGAAUUUUGUGUUAUAUGAAUUUUACCUCAAUAAAAAAUUCUCCAAAAAAAAAAAAAAACCCUUCUACUUUAAUGGUUAUUGCUGUAAGGUGACAAUAUAUGUUGUUUGCCAUGGAAAGGGCCUUUCCCAGUCAAGAAGCAGGACUAGCCAGAGAAUAGGUGCUUCCCAGAGUGGCUUGACGUGGCAUGAAGAGUAUGGUCUGGGAGCCAAAGAAUUCUAGUUCUCCAUCUCACAUUCCAGCCCGGCAACUUCGGGCAAGUUCCUCAGCCUGGAGCACUCUGUUUAAGUCAUUCUAAAUUGCAGAUCUUUCUCUAAAAAUGCCUAUAAAGUGCCCACUGUGCGCUAGGCAUUAGUCUACUAGUCACUGCUUAUCCACGAGGGAUACAGUUCCAAGACCCGCAGUGAAUGUCUGAAUCCACAGAUAGUACUAAACCCGGUGUCUACUGUUUUUGCCUAUGCAUAGAUACAUACCUGUGAUAGUUUAAUUUUUAAAUGAGGCACAGUAAGAGAUUAACAAUAACAACUAGUAACAAAAUGGAGCAAUUAUAACAAUAUGCCAGCAUCACCACGCUCGGAAUUUGGGGCCGUUGUUCAGGAAAGUAAGGAUUACUUGAAUGCAAGCACUGAGAUGCCACAGGCUUCCAUCAGAUGACUGAGAUGGCUACUGAGUGACUGAUAGGCGGGUGGCAUAGACAAUGUGGGCACGCUGGGCAGAGGGAUGAUUCAUAUCUCAGGUGGGAUGGAGCGGACGGCAUGAGAUUUCAUCAGGCUGCUCUUAACAGUGCACAAUUUAAAACCUAUGAAGUGUUUGCUUCUGGGAUUUUCCACUUAAUAUUUUUGAAUCAUGAUCGGCUGCAUGUAACUAAGACUGUGGAGAGUGAAACCAUGGAUAAGUGAGGACUUAUAUAUUAGUUCUGUUUUUCAGCUGGAGAAAAUGAGGCACAAGGAAAUAGAGUACUUGUUCAAAAGGAGACAGCCAGCGAGAGGCCGAGCAGCGUUCCACGCCAGGCAUUCUGCUACAGAACCUAUGGUCUCACGCUCUGCUCCAUGUGGCCUUCUAGGAGUGCCUGACUUCCCUACCUCCCAUGGUGCCGUGGGAUUCAAUGCCAUUAGACACUGGGAAACUCUCUUAUAAACAUAAACACUGUGCAGCACACACAAGGCACAGUGUUGCUCCUGUCUCAGAUAUUAGCAAUGAGAGUUAUAGAAAAAACACCUGGAGCUCCUCUGCCCAAGUGGUCGGUCCUGGCUUUACCCAAAAUGCAUUCCUUCUAGAGUUUACCAAGGACAUUAGGAUUGCCUUAUGUCCAGAUUUCUCUGGACACAGGAACAUGUCCCUGUAAGGCUUCUGAGAGGACCCUGAGAUUGCCAUCACUCCAUGGGGCCCAAACUUGGGGGCAAAGGAAAACCAGAUGGAUCCCACAAUUCCUGGCACCAGCUUGGGCAGGUGAACAUGGAAGGGGGUGCUAACCUCUGGUAAAUUAUGUUUUUUGUAUUUAGAAGGGGGUCUGUAGACAGAAUCAAGUGGGAAGUAUAUCCCAUUUCCGUUUUGGGGCUUCUGGUCCUGGAGCCGGUGGAGAUGCAGGGGUUGGAUAGGGAGACUCCCUGGCCCAGCAUUUGACAGCUGGGUUGGAAACUCUUGGGAGCAGGAUGUAUGAUCUGGAGAGAAUGUAACAGAGCUGGGAGCCAGGGUGUUGCUCAGAUUCUGGCACUGGUAAAUCUGAGAAUCAGGAAGAUUCAGAAAAUGUGGCAGAAGAGCUGGUAUGUUGGCAGCUUGGACUCUGACACAUUGAAGACCCCAGGCUUUUGGCCCCAGGCAGGCAUCACUCCCUGCUACCUGCAGCCCUGUGUCUCCACCCUGAAGCAUUUCUUCUCUGGCUCCUCCUCUUCCCCACAGUGGCAGGCUGUCCACGCCCGCAUUCUCUAGGGUCUUCACAGCAGCCUCUUGACUGGGCUUUUUCCUGGUUUCUGCCUCUCCAAUCCAGCUUUACUGCCUCCAGUUUGACUCUUCUGAAACUCAGAUCAGAUUGUCACUGCUCCUCGACUCAUGUCAGUGGGUCCCAGGGGUCUGCUGAGUGAGGUUGGCAUAUAGCCCCUCACCGUGGCCCUUGUGAGCCCUCCCAGCCCCAGCCACUGCCCCCUCAGCAGAGUCCCUGUGUUCUCCACAGACUACUCACCCUGUCCUAUCACUCUGUUCCUGACUGCUGCCUGGGUCCACCUGGCAACUUCCUACUCAUCCAUUAGGGCCCAAUUCAAAUGAGGUUUCCCUGACACCUCCCAACCCUCAGACCCUUGCAGAAUUAGCCAAGUCUUCAUCUGUUUACAUAGCACGUUUCAGGUGUUUCUGUUACAGCAUAUAAUAAUAUCGUAUUAUAUUUUAUUUCACCUGUCCUCCUUUCUGGUGGGCUCUGGGUUCCUUUAGCACAGAUCCUAUGCCUCAUUUAUAUUCCUCUUUCCGUUGCCUGGCACAUAGUAGAUGCUCAGUACGUGUAUUUUCCCAUGAGUGUUCAUGGGCUCUCUGAGUGCAACAAAGUAUAAACUGAUUAGUCCUUCCUGCCCUGCAUAUGAGGCUGGACCUAAGGCUGUCGUCCAUGGUGGGGUGUUUAAAAUUCUUCCCUCUCCUCUGGGUAUCCUGAGCAGAGAUGCAGGGAGAAAGGGGAGAAGACUCAUCUUGUCUCACCUUGAGCUCUAACUGCCAUUCAGACACCCCAGAUGGACCAUUCAGUGUAUAGGCUGAAUGGCCAAACAGGCUCCUGUGUGCUAAUCAGGUACCAUCUUGAACUCAGUCCAAAUGGGGAAGCUGCCAGCAUUUACACCCCUGUGCCCAGCAAACUGGGAGUGAGGGCAGUAAAGAGUGCCUGGGGCUGAGGCGUGGAAAGCUGGGGGUUGGAUCUGGAAUGUUUAGGCCAGGGAGAAAAGCCAAACCAUCAGGCAAUCAUCUUCCACAUUCAAGUUUUGAUUUUCAUUUUAAGUGCACAAAAUCCACAAUCUUUUUUUUUUUUUUUUUUUUUUAAUGCAACAGCAACAGCUUCCUAAAAAUGUCUCUCAGCUGAGCCAUUGCCCAUAACAGCAUGCCAUUUGGCCUUUGUAAAAGGAAAAACCUCUGUAUUUGUAUCUAGAACACCCACAGCUUAGUGUGUCAGAUGCUGCUGGCUAGUUGGAUUGGUUGCCUUGCGUGGGUGGCUUCCCGCGGGGGCCGGCUUCCCUAAAGUUGAGUGGGCAGUCCCAAGAGUUCUUCAGUCAUUUCUGCCUAACCCGAGGAGUGCCAGGUUUAAGCAGAGACGAGGCUUCGUGAAGGAAUGGAUUCCUUUGCUUUUCUGUGGGGAGUGACUGAGGUUCCUAGAGUCUUCCUCGUGAUUGAAAAGGAAGUACAGGUGUGCUCCAGCCAACUCUUCAGAUGAGGCAAGUGGAUUGAUAAUGGUGCAUUCCUAGAUUCCCAGAGACCUGGCUGGCGGGCUGCCCAGGGAUCCGGGAGUUCGAGUCAUCUCCACGUCGCUCUGGGCCCUCGGGUGCCAGACGCGGAGAGUAAUUAGAAGGGAGUGGAACAAUCGGGGAAGAUGAUGUUUGCCAGCCACAGGCCGUUUUUAUUGUCCCCGCGGGUUGGACACCCGGCUGAACCAGGCGACUCGUCGUGUAUCAAAAGGCUGAAAUCCCUGGGGGUGUGGCCUACGCGGCAGCUGUUUCUCUCCUGAUUUCCAAGGAUAAUGUCAAGUGCCUCCGAGUGUGUGAAAUUCUGGCUGAAAAUAUGCACUUAUUUGGCCAUUACCCAGCACAUGACGACUUCUAUCUCGUGGUAUGCAGUGCCUGUAACCAGGUCGUCAAACCACAGGUUUUCCAGUCUCACUGCGAGAGAAGACACGGCUCAAUGUGUAGACCUUCUCCCUCUCCAGCAUCUCCAGCCUCCAACCCCAGGACAUCACUAGUACAGGUGAAAACAAAAGCCUGUCUCAGCGGCCAUCACUCUGCCAGCAGCACCUCAAAGCCAUUCAAAACGCCCAAAGACAAUCUACUUACCUCCAGCAGCAAACAGCACACAGUCUUUCCUGCAAAAGGAUCAAGGGAUAAACCAUGCGUUCCAGUUCCCGUAGUCAGUUUAGAGAAAAUUCCUAACCUAGUGAAGGCAGAUGGUGCCAAUGUCAAAAUGAACUCUACAGCCACUACUGCAGUUUCUGCCUCCUCCACCUCGUCCUCUGCUGUCUCCACCCCUCCUUUAAUUAAGCCGGUCCUGAUGUCCAAGUCAGUGCCACCUUCGCCAGAGAAGACCUUAAAUGGCAAAGGAAUUCUGCCAACCACCAUAGACAAGAAACACCAAAAUGGCACCAAAAACAGCAACAAGCCUUACAGGAGACUUUCAGAGAGAGAAUUUGACCCAAAUAAACACUGUGGAGUGUUGGAUCCCGAGACAAAGAAACCUUGCACAAGAUCCCUCACCUGCAAGACACAUUCACUAAGCCAUCGGAGGGCAGUCCCGGGCCGGAAAAAGCAAUUUGACCUCCUCCUGGCAGAACACAAAGCCAAGUCCCGGGAAAAAGAAGUUAAAGAUAAAGAGCAUCUCCUGAUUUCCACGAGGGAAAUACUUCCAAACCAAUCCGGGCCGGCACAGGAUUCUCUGCCAGGGUCUUCAGGGAGCUCUGGGCCAGAACCGAAAGUUGCAUCCCCUGCAAAAUCCAGGCCACCUAACUCUGUACUUCCUAGACCAUCAUCUGCAAAUAGCAUAAGCAGCAGCACGUCUUCAAAUCAUAGCGGCCACACUCCAGAGCCCCCACUGCCACCGGUUGGAGUUGACCUUGCCAGCCGACUGUCCAGUGAUGAAGGGGAGAUGGACGGAGCCGACGAACCCGAGAAGCUAGACUGUCAGUUCUCCACACACCACCCCAGACCUCUUGCGUUUUGCUCAUUUGGGAGUCGCCUCAUGGGACGAGGGUACUAUGUGUUUGAUAGAAGAUGGGAUCGUUUUCGAUUCGCACUAAACUCCAUGGUAGAAAAACACCUGAAUUCACAGAUGUGGAAGCACAGAAGCCCGAGCCACAGGGCAUCAGGUCCCUCCCCCCUGUUCAGGACUUGCCUAACCAAUCUGCUGUCACUGAGCAACAUUGGGGCUGCCUGGGUGUCAACUCUGGAGAGUGUAGCACCCCGCUACCCUCUCAACCUCGCUGCCCAAACCCCAGGCCCAGGCGGGCCCGAACCUGGAGGGAUGGCAGCCGAUGGGGGCGUGGAAGACAUUAGGAAGAAAAGGAACGGCCAAGACUCUUUUUUCUUUAACAAGCAUUUAACUCUGCAUCAGGAGCCGCCAACACAGUAUUCUCUUUCAGCCAGGAAGAUCCCUCCUGCGGCAGAUAGCCCCCUGCCCUCGCCGGCAGCCCACAUCACCACCCCUGUUCCAGCAUCCGUUUUGCAGCCUUUCAGCAACCCCAGUGCUGUGUAUCUUCCUUCAGCUCCCAUCAGCUCAAGGCUCACCUCUUCUUACAUAAUGACAUCAGCCAUGCUCUCAAAUGCAGCUUUCGUGACAUCGCCGGACCCAAGCGCCCUCAUGUCCCACACCACAGCUUUCCCUCAUGUGGCCGCAACCCUCAGCAUCAUGGACUCAACCUUCAAGGCCCCAUCCGCCGUGUCCCCGAUACCAGCUGUCAUCCCUUCCCCAUCCCACAAGCCAUCCAAAACCAAAACCAGCAAAUCCUCAAAAGUCAAAGACCUGUCCUCCCGUAGCGACGAGUCUCCAAGUAACAAAAAGAGGAAGCCGCAGUCUUCGCCUUCCUCCUCCUCCUCCUCCUCCUUGCAGACAUCCCUCUCGUCUCCACUGUCAGGGCCUCACAAAAAGAACUGUGUUUUGAAUGCCAGUUCUGCUUUGAACUCCUAUCAGGCGGCCUCUCCCUAUAACAGUCUGUCUGUGCACAACUCAAACAAUGGGGUGAGCCCACUCAGUGCCAAACUGGAGCCCUCAGGACGGACCUCGCUGCCCGGCGGCCCCGCGGACAUAGUGAGACAGGUGGGCGCGGUGGGAGGCAGCAGUGACUCCUGUCCCCUCUCUGUGCCCUCCCUUGCGCUCCACGCGGGGGACCUCUCUCUGGCCUCACACAAUGCUGUGUCUUCUCUGCCCCUCUCUUUUGACAAAUCAGAAGGAAAAAAGCGUAAGAACUCAAGUUCUAGUAGCAAAGCCUGUAAAAUCACUAAAAUGCCUGGUAUGAAUAGCGUUCACAAAAAGAACCCGCCCAGCCUUCUCGCACCGGUGCCCGAUCCCGUUAACAGCACCUCUCGGCAGGUAAGGGACCUCCUGGCACCACCUUCACCGGCUCUGGGGGGCAGGGGGAACUGGGCAGCGCCCCUGCCUAGCCGGGUGGCUCUGACAGGUAACACAAGCUUGACCCCUUUCCUCGUUCUCCCCGAGGGCAGUUGUCACCCUCUGCUUUGAGAGCAGUUUAUUGAACAAGUACUUGAUACCACGCUCACUAUGUGCUAGGCACUGUUCUCAGCACUUUACAGAUAGUACCUCACUGAGUCCUCAUGACACCCCAGUGCAGUGGGUGCAGUUAGCACUGUACAGAUGAGGAAACCGGGGCAUAGACAGACUCUGAGUUCCCUGCUCCACAUUAGUUUUAUGUUUUGAGGUUCUGAGGACGUUGUCAUUAAAGAGUUCUGUUGCUAA